UUUCACCGUCUGGAAUAUUCCAUGGUGAGUCACGGGUGAUGACGUAACACCAAAACAUUUCGGAGAAGACGGAAUCAUGACGACAGGCUGAGCCUUUCCGCUGUGGGACCUCACAAACAUGAAGACAGAAGCUACAAGUCCUGAAGAUACAAAGGAUAAGACGCAGAAGACGGCAGAUGGGAAGGUGAAGAAGCAGGCCAAACGUGGACGAAAGCCUUCCAAGAUUGACAUGAAGGCUAAGUUGGAGAGGAGCAGGCAGAGCGCACGGGAGUGCCGGGCCCGCAAGAAGCUGCGCUACCAGUACCUGGAGGAGAUGGUGGCUAACCGGGAGAAGACCAUCAUCACACGGCGGCAGGAGCUGGAUAAGCUGAAGAAGUGGUGUGAGGAGAUUGACGGGGGGAACGUCCCGCCACAGGCUGCACAGAUGGCCAGACAGGUGCAGAAUGAGCCGGAUGAUGAUGAUGAUGAUCUUCUGUCUGCUGAUGAGUAAAAGUUCUUCCAGGAGAGAUGAGAGGAGCAUACAGUAUACUGGAGUUUCUCUUCAUGAAACAGGGAUGUCGUUGGGACUUGGAAGUCAUGAAAUGUUUCAAAUGAUUCUGAGGCCACAGGAAGAGUGAGAAACAAUAAUUAGUGCACCUUUGAACUGUGACUGUUUUUGUCAAAAUUUAGGCUGAAAUAGGACCUCUUCUGCAAUAUCUUCUGGCAUAUUUCCCAAUAAAUUGUACAAGUACAAACUACAGAUGUAUGAAUUGAUGCAAAAACUUGGACCAGAACAAGUAUCUUGUGGUGAUACUUGUAGAAGAAUGGGAUUGGAGUGGUGAGCAUGUCAUGUUGAACUUACCAAAUGUUGAACACUUUCCAUCAUUCUCUUGUCUGUUUCAAUAUAAACGUAUAAUAUUAUGAUUUGAUAUUAUGAUUAUUGUACACGUACUCACAAGAAACCCAGAUUCCCUGUUUGUAGUCCUGAUACACAUUAUCCAUUCUUGUUCUUUAUCAAAUAUCAUAAUCUGUAACUGAUACUGGUAGUUAGAGAUAUAUGUUAGAGCUAUGAAAAGGUUUUUUGGUGUUGAAGUUGAACACAAGUAUAAAUGUCGGAGUUGAACACAAGUAUAAAUAGGAGGAUAAAUGGAGUAACAGUACUGGAAUUUCAGACACCAGCAACAGUUGACUAAUGGCUAGUUAUGUUAGUAAAUUUGGUUCAGUAAAUGGCUUAAGAAAUCUCAGUGUGUGGAGUAAGGUAAGUCACAGAGCUAGCACUGUCUUAUUGUUGGUAGCCUGAUAGCAGUAACAAUGGAAGAAAGUGUAACUCACACAGCUUUCGAUAUGGAAUAUCUGAAUCAAUAACCCGUAUUAAUUAAUUGUACUGACAAAAUGAAUCCUAAAGACAGUGACUCUAUUUUCUUUGUAACAUUAUCUGAUAUAUAGUAUAUACAAAUGGAUGAUAGAUUAUAUGUAUUUAUCAGAAUAUGAGAGUUGUGCAUGGGCAAAAGAAUUAAAGUGAUAAUAUUAUACAUGUAUAUAUACUAUAUAUUAUGCACUGUACAGUGUGUUUUAACUGCUAGUGAUAUGUAUAUUAAACAUGAGAGUAUUCACUGUA